GCUGCCGUUUCUAAGGCCCGUGUUCGAAACAGCCGCGCGUCAAGAUGGCGGCGCCCAUGAGGCGCAACGCUUGAGGGGAGAGAAAGGCCUGAAUUGUGUACGCCGGCUGAGGCCAUGAAGCGGGCGGCCACAAAUGGACAGGGGCACAGCAAGAGGCGAGGGCGGCAGAAGCAGAAGGCCGGGAAUCUGCAGAAACUGGGGCUGGCGGUGCGGGAGUUCGUGGCGGCUGCCGGGGGGUCCGAGGGUGGUGGUGGCGGCGGCGGCGGCGGCCUCGGCCUCCCCUCGACUCCUCUACAGGAGCCGCUGCCGGUGUCGAGCAGUCGGAAGAACCGCCGGGAGCUGCGUCGAGAGAAGCGCAGGUUGAAACGGAGCCGGCGUCGUCGCCUCCUGAACGGCGGCGAGGCGGUGAAAAAUCCUCGGCCUCCUCCUUCGGCAGCGCCAGCUGGAAAGAAAGAGCUGCAGCCGGAGAAGAAGGAGAAGAAGAAGAAGCAGGUUUCCCUGCCGGCCCCGGAACCAGAGAAGCGGCCCCCCGCCGCAGCCGAGGCCCCUCGAGAGAGACCCGGGAAGGCCUCUCCUUCGGCCGAGGCCCUGGCGCGCAAGCGAGCCUUGCUGGCGGCCAACGAGGAGGAGGAGCGGGAGAUCCGGCGGCUGGAGAGGCAGCUGGGGCUCGGCAAGCGUCGGAAGAAGAAGAAGCAGCCGCUGGAAGGGCUGGCUGAGGGGAUGGAGGCGACCUUGCCUCCCAGCUUCGCCAGAGACGGGCUGGGUUACGUGCUGGGAGCCCUGGUGACAGGGGGCCCCUUCUCCGGCCUGUACGAGAGCAGCGAGGGGGAAGGAGAGGGAGAGGAAGAAGGAAAGGGGCCGGGGGAAGAGGGAGGAGAGGGGUCUGAGGAAGAGGGGCUGAGUGGAGAUGAGGAAGUGGGUCUGGGAGAAGAGGCCGAGGAGGAUUUCGCACUGGGAGAAGACCCAAUAAGCUCAGAAGAAUUCAGUGGGGAAGGAGAAAGCGAGAAUGAAGAGGAAGAAAGCAGAUCCCCUGACCUAAGAAGCCCAGAGUCUGGAGCCAAGGAACCCACCUCUCCUGGAGAGCAGGAUGAGAAUCCUUGCCAAGAUGCUACAAAGUAUAUUCCCCCACAUAUGCGAAGGUCUGAAGAGACAAUAGAUGCCCCAAAAAGGGAAGAAUUGGAAAGGCUGAGGAAAACACUGAAGGGCCUAAUUAACAGGUUGAGUGAACCAAAUUUAGCCUCUAUAAGUGGACAGUUGGAGGAGCUCUACAUGGGGAACAGUAGAAAAGAUAUGAAUGAAACGCUGACAGAUAUCCUUAUCAGUGCUUGCGUUACAGAAUCAGCAAUGCCUUCCAGGCUGGUGAUGGAGCAUGUGCUUUUAGUUAGCAUCCUUCAUCGGACAGUGGGAAUUGAGGUUGGUGCUCACUUUUUGGAAACUGUGGUGCGGAAAUUUGAUGAAGUCUACAAAAGUGAAGCUGAAGGGAAAGAAUGCGAGAACCUCCUUAUCUUAAUUGCUCAUUUGUAUAAUUUUUAUGUAGUGCAUUCACUGCUGAUCUUCGACAUCUUAAAGAAGCUUGUUAGCACUUUUUCUGAAAAGGAUAUUGAACUAAUUCUGCUGCUGCUGAAAAAUGUAGGCUUUUCCUUGAGGAAAGAUGAUGCUUUGGCCCUAAAAGAACUUAUCACGGAGGCCCAGAAAAAAGCAAAUGCAGUAGGAAAGCAAUUCCAGGACCAGUCAAGGGUUUGUUUCAUGUUGGAGACCAUGCUGGCACUAAAAAACAAUGACAUGAGAAAAAUCCCUGGUUACGAUCCAGAGCCGGUUGAGAAACUAAGAAAGCUACAGAGGACACUGACUCAUAAUAGUUCUGGAAAAGAUGCUCAAGUUCGAGUGUCAUUGGAAUCUCUCCUAACUGCUGAACAAGUUGGUCGGUGGUGGAUUGUUGGAUCGUCAUGGACCGGAGCGCCAAUGAUUGACAGCACCAGCAACCAAAUUCAACCAAUACUACCUGUAGGAAAGGUGAGUUCGAAGAUUCUGGAGCUUGCUCGUAAGCAAAGAAUGAACACAGAUAUAAGGAGGAAUAUAUUUUGUAUCUUGAUGACUAGCGAAGACUUUUUGGAUGCCUUUGAAAAACUUUUAAAGCUUAGGCUGAAAGAUCAGCAGGAGAGAGAGAUUGUCCAUGUCCUCAUAGACUGUUGCCUGCAAGAGAAGACUUAUAACCCCUUCUAUGCAUAUUUGUCUGCCAAGUUUUGCGAAUAUGAAAAGCGAUUCCAGAUGACAUUCCAGUUCAGUAUGUGGGAUAAAAUAAGAGAUUUAAGAAACCUGUCCACUACCGCUUUAUCAAAUUUAGUUAAUCUCUUGGCUCAUCUGUUGAAGACUAAGUCUCUGUCCCUCACUGUUUUCAAGGUAAUUGAAUUCAGUGAAUUAGACAAGCCAAAAGUCCACUUCUUACGACAAGUACUAUCUGCACUGUUCUUGAAAACAGAUCCAGAAGAACUAAACCACAUCUUUGGAAAGUUGGCUGACAACCCAAAAUUGGGAAUGCUGCAUGAAGGCUUGAAGCUUUUCCUCACCCAUUUCUUGCUGAAGAAUACUCAAGCUCACAAAAAUGUUGAAGAAGCCACUUUGCUAAAAGAGAGAAUUGAACUAGUGACUAGGACUUUGAAAGCAAAAGAAUCUAAAUUAAAAUUAUAGUGUUAGGUCUAAUAAUUUGUAUCUAUGGGAAAUGCAGACUUAAUGGGGGCAGGGGAAUAACUUGAAUUGGAUGGUCUUCCAUAAGCAGCAGACCUCAUGUUCUGAUCAGUUCCUUCACAGUAAUGUGGAGCUGGAUUAGGUUUGAUAUUCAAACUGGCUAGUAUUUAUUAUCCUUCUGUUAAAAGAGAAAACACAGUCACUAGUGAGGUCUGAAUAAUCUAUACAGUGUAUUUUUGAAAAUAAAAGUUUUGUACCCAUGCAUUUUAAUGUAGCGUUUGAACUUCUUUUUAAAAAUUCAACAACGUUUGCGAGUGGUAUUGCCACAUCAUGUUUAUAGUGAUAAUUUAAAUUCCUCAUUCUCAUGCCAUUCUGUUGUCACUCCCCACUCCCAAUUUAUUCUACUAAAAAAAUUAUAGCUAAUGCAAACAGUACACUGUAUAUCUCUCUGACAGUCCAUUCACUAUUGUUUAGCUACAUGCCUAUUAUAGAUUAUUGAAAUCCGUGCAGAAACUCACAUUGCUACUCCAUGUUACCCACUCCAAAUACUUGGGAAGUCCCCCCCCCCUUUUAAAGUUCCUUUCUAUGUAGUCAAACACUUUUUGUACAUACAAAAAAAACCCAUUACUUUACCCAUUAUGUUCCCUUACUGAAUUCCAUAGAAGCCAAAUGUAAGAUGAGGGCAAAUGUCUGCUGUCACCUUAUGGAUUAGAUUUGCUUAAACUGAAAUUUUUGCUAGGGCGUCACAGUUCUCAGGUCCAUUUGCUGCAUUUUCUUCUGCCUGUGCUUCCACAGAAGCUGAUAAAGAGUAGCUUCUUAAGGACAAAUAUCAAAAUGGGAGCCACAAUUUCCUCAUGCAGCAAAGGCAACAGAAACUUGUGUCUCCUUAAAGACUAUGAAAUUCAUUGUGUGUGCAAAACAAAAGCUUUUUUGCUGCAGUAGCUUUAUUAGUUUUAAAGUGCCACUAAUUAUUGAUUUUGGUUACUGUCCACAAAUCUAUGACCUCAUCAAAUCAAGCUGAGUAAAAUAAUAAUAAGCAAGCCAAGUGGAUUUUUACUUUACAGCAGAGUUUCUUAACCUGUGGUCCAUGGAUCUCUAGGGGUCCAUGUACCAGGUGCAAAAAAUGACUUUUCCAUUGGGAUUAAAUAAAUUGUAUACAGAAUUUUAUGUGUAUAUGCAUUUUUCUGGGUAAGGGGUCUAUAGUUUCAUCAGAUUCUCAGAAGGGGUUUGUGACCCAAAAUGAACCAAUACAUUACAAUGUCACUUAAGUUUCAUGAGGCCAUGUAUCUUGCCUGUCCUUCCAAAAACAGGAUAAGAAAAGGCAAUACUUAGUUUGGAGAAUUUGUGAAAGAAUCGCUCAACCAGUUCAUUUGCUAAAUUGAAUGUCCAUGUAACAAAAAUUAGGACUUUGCUUGUCUUGUGUAUACUAUGAAACAAGUGUGUGGAAGUUCUAACCCUCUCGACGUCAUUGGACUGCAACUCAUUUAUGAAUCUAUUUCAAUGAGGCAUGCCAAAGUAAUCUUGAAAGACAAUAAAAACCAUCUACAAAACAACUAUGCAUAUAAAACACAAUUAAAACAAUUGCAUAUAAAACCAUUUCAAAUAAAUUCACAUACUGACAAGAUAAGAUUCGGUACUUAGAAGUCUUGUUGAAUGACAGGUCUUGUUAAAGAAGAAAAUAUUCAGCAGGCACCAAAAAUAAAAGAUUGAAUUAAAUACAGAAUUGCAGUCUGACUUCAGUUUUGUAUUUCCUAUUGUGGGGGAGAGGGAAGGGUUGUAACUGUUUUGGGCUAUAACUGACAUCCCUGACCAUCAGCCAUGCUCCCUGGGACCCGUGGGACUUGUUCUCCAACAACAUAUGGAGAACAUCAGGUUGGCUUUCCCUAUGGAUAAGAAUUCACUGCCGCCAAGGGAUAUUUGGCUUCAAAUCCCUGUAUGUUUGUAAAGCUUGCUAUGUGUUCCUGGACCCAUCAGCCUAUCCCAGGCAUCCCCAAACAUCGGCCCUCCAGCUGUUUUCGACUACAAUUCCCAUAAUCCCUGACCCCUGGUCCUCUUAGCUAG